AAGAACCUCCAGGAGGAGAUCUCAGACCUGACAGAACAGUUGGGCUCCAGUGGGAAGAGUAUCCAUGAGCUGGAGAAGAUUCGGAAACAGCUGGAGGCAGAGAAGCUGGAACUGCAGUCUGCCCUGGAGGAAGCAGAGGCCUCCUUGGAACAUGAGGAAGGAAAGAUUCUCCGGGCACAGCUGGAGUUCAACCAGAUCAAAGCAGAGAUUGAACGGAAGUUGGCAGAGAAGGACGAGGAGAUGGAGCAGGCCAAGCGCAACCACCUACGGGUGGUGGACUCCCUGCAGACCUCCCUCGAUGCUGAGACCCGCAGCAGGAAUGAGGCCCUUCGGGUGAAGAAGAAGAUGGAGGGAGACCUCAAUGAGAUGGAGAUCCAGCUGAGCCAUGCGAAUCGCAUAGCUGCAGAGGCCCAGAAGCAAGUCAAGACCCUACAGGGCUUGCUGAAGGACACCCAGAUCCAACUGGAUGAUGCAGUCCGAGCCAACGAUGACCUAAAGGAGAACAUUGCCAUCGUGGAACGCCGUAACAACUUGCUCCAGGCAGAGCUUGAGGAGCUACGGGCUGUGGUGGAGCAGACAGAGAGGGCCAGGAAGCUGGCUGAGCAGGAACUCAUUGAGACCAGUGAACGGGUGCAGCUGCUCCACUCCCAGAACACCAGCCUAAUCAACCAGAAGAAGAAGAUGGACGCAGACCUGUCUCAGCUCCAGACGGAAGUGGAGGAGGCAGUCCAGGAGUGCAGGAACGCCGAGGAGAAGGCCAAGAAGGCCAUCACGGACGCAGCCAUGAUGGCUGAAGAGCUGAAGAAGGAGCAGGACACCAGCGCCCACCUGGAGAGGAUGAAGAAGAACAUGGAGCAGACCAUCAAGGACCUGCAGCACCGGCUGGACGAGGCUGAGCAGAUCGCCCUCAAGGGCGGCAAGAAGCAGCUGCAGAAGCUCGAGGCCCGGGUGCGGGAGCUGGAGAACGAGCUCGAGUCGGAGCAGAAGCGGAACGCCGAGUCAGUCAAGGGCAUGAGGAAAUGCGAGAGGCGCAUCAAGGAGCUCACCUACCAGACAGAGGAAGACAGGAAGAACCUGCUUCGGCUGCAGGAUCUGGUGGACAAGUUACAACUGAAAGUCAAGGCCUACAAGCGGCAGGCUGAGGAAGCAGAGGAACAGGCCAAUACCAAUCUGUCCAAGUUCCGGAAGGUCCAGCAUGAGCUCGAUGAGGCCGAGGAACGGGCUGACAUUGCUGAGUCCCAGGUCAACAAGCUUCGGGCCAAGAGCCGGGACAUUGGUGCCAAGGGCUUGAAUGAGGAGUAGCCAGGCCACAAUGUCCUGCACUGAUCUGGAGGUGCAAUUAUGGGCCCUCUCAACUCCACGGUCCCUGUACAAUAGACCCUGCCU